AACACACCUAGGUCCAGAUCACAGUCUCACGACGGCCAGCUUCUUCCUACAAGCUAGUUUAAUUCUCUAGGCUAUUUCCUACCGGCCACUAUACCCACAAGGGACCUUCUGUAUGAAAUUCAUAGCCUGAGGCCGCCCGCGCGUUAUUCUCACGAUGGGGGCCUCGGAGUCCAAGCUCGUUUUCAAGCAGGGAAUCUUCCGCCUCUCAGAGGAGAAGAACAUUCCAGCAGACGAUCAAUACUGGACUAAGUUCUGGGAGCUCCCAGAGUCGACAGAAGAUGUCUUCAGCCUCUUCACCCCAUCGGACAUCAGGCGAACGAGAGACCACGCGCUGUCAAACCUGGAGACGCUGCUAUCGUCGGUAAUAUCUCGUCUAACGGCACUACGAAACAAUCCAUCGUUCCCAGAUCCUCAGCGUGCACCGGACAGAGAUGCUCUGAAUUGUAUUCGCAUCCUCACACGCAUCCUCCCCUUCAUUUACGAAGCUGAGCAUCUGGAGGAGUGGGAGGAGAAAUUUUUCUGGACUCGUCGCAGAAAGUCUGCUCAUGAGGCCCAGGUCGCCAAUGAGGUUCUUUUCGAUGAAGCCCAGGAUGAUGAGCAGCCGAUCCCGGUUAGAGAAAAUGAACAGGAAGACCUAAAGCCCUGGGCAGAGGAACUGAUCGACACCUUGCUGGAUCUUCUUUUUUAUACCGAUUUCACCAUCCCAAAUCUACCGACAGUCAAGAGCAAGGUUUCCUAUUCGAUAUGGCAGAGUGGUGUCGGGUGUAAUACCGCAAUGGGGUCGAGCAAGGAACUGGAGAACAACCGAUGCGAGAUCCUCCGAUUGCUGUUAACUUUGACCGGAAAAGCUAUGUAUAUGCCUUCAAAUACCUUACCGGUCCAAGGAGUCAAGGCUAUCACGUACAUGGUAACCUGCUCGGACAAGCAGGCUGUCUUGACUCUCUUGUGCUCGUUAUUGAAUACAGCAAUCAAGUACAAUCCUGCAUCUUGGAGGGUUCCAUACGACCAUGUAGUUUGGAAGGAUUCCAAGCAGAUGUUGGUGAUUUACUGUCUGCAACUUUUACUCGUCCUCUUGCUCUAUCCCAUACCGGAAGAUGGGCGUGGGACACCCCCGAAGAAUUACUAUCGGCAUUAUUUUGGACGGCUUCAUCGACCGCAAGAUUUCCAAUUCCUCGUUGACGGCAUGACGAGGAUUCUGAACCAGCCAAUGCAGGCCACCAAUUCAUACCUUCCUGGAAGCCAGAAAUCUGUCAAGUGGGCGCCCGAAAUGAUAAUGUUAUUCUGGGAAGCCCUGCAGUGCAAUAAACGAUUCCGAUCGUUCAUUAUCGACUCGAACCGCUCGCAUGAUUUUUUGAUACUCUGUAUUUUCUAUGUUAAGGAGUACAGGAACGAUUCGUCCAAGCAGGGCAUGGUUAGGAUGUGCGUAUUCAUUCUGCAAACCAUGAGCAUUGAGCCUGCUUUUGGUCAAAGCCUGAACAAGAAAUUCGAGGCGCAAGAGACUCUGCCGCAGAAUAUUCGACUAUCUGGUUUUAGAGGCUCCUAUGCUGACUAUCUCAUCAUGUCGAUCCACAAUCUGAUGACAACAAGCAAAGGGAAACUGGACACAGUUUAUCCAGCUUUACUCGCGAUCGUGAACAAUAUCGCACCGUAUGUCGAGAAUCUGUCGGCCAGCACGUGCUCGAAAAUCAUUCAGCUCUUUUCAUCAAUGUCUGCCCCUAGUUUCUUGCUGGCGAAUGAGACCAACCACACCCUUCUAGCUUCUGUGCUCGACUUCAUCAACACGGUUCUUGAGAAUCAGUUCACGAAAAACCCCUAUCUUGUCUAUGCUCUUCUCAAAUACAGCAAACGGUUCGAGGAUCUUCGCACAUUUACGCUUGAAAGCGGCCAGCAGGAAAUCCAACGGCAAAGUGAGAGGCGCAAGUCCGAAGGAGGUUCUAGCGAUAUGGUGGCGAGUCCCACCUUCUCCCACUCUGAAGAAGAUCCGCACGCCUCGUCCGGGGCCCGCUCGCCGCUGAGUCGCAUUCCCGAAGAAAACAACCCGUUUACGAUCGGUGGAGACGAUUCAGAUGAAGAAGGGGAUGGCCAGAACACCCCAUCUCGGUCUUCGCCUUCGCUUGAAAACUCAAGGCGACCGUCCAUGUCAUCUGUGGAUGAGUCUGUUCCGUUCCGGGGUAUGUCGGAGAAGGCACGGGGAAAGAUGCCCGCCGGCCAACCUGGGUUCUCGAGACAGAACAGUAUGGCAAGCCAGAGCAGCAUGUCUGCGAUCUUCUCGACCACAGCCGGCAGCUUUACUCCGACAACGGCUUGGCUGGAGUCCUGGUUGCCUGAGCUUCCGCUGCACACAAUCUUGACCAUGAUAUCUGCGAUCUACCCUCAUAUCCCUGAAACGGCGUUGAAAUCAACCGCCAACCCAGAAGCACGCACCCUGAUAAGUAACCUCGCAUCCUUUUCCGAGGAACCACAUGUUCACAGUAUCAUUGCCGAACCUCCACCCGUGGAACCACGUGGGUUUGAAUGGACAACGCUCUCUCUGGGCUGGUACGAGUCUCUUCUGUGGGGUUUCAUCUUUUCCAGCGAGAUGGUUGUCGGGUCCGUGUCCGGCGCAACCCCCGGAACAGUGGGAGUCUGGAACGGAACAAGCAUCAAGCUAUUCAAGGUUCAGGAAGCUGCAGCCCAAGGGCCAACGCUUCUUGCUCCCAAGGGCGCCGUCGACGCCGUCGGCAGCAACCUAGUCCAACGCAUCGGGAACCUGAGUCUCCGUGGACGGACCACGAGUGGUCAAGAUAUCUCUUCUCCCGUCGCUUCUCAGGCACCCAACGUCCGUGAAGUCUAGUGAAUUCUAUUUUUAUUCUUUUUUUUUUUCUUUUUUAAUGUCUCUCUAUUACGUUCUUGUACUGUUUCAUGACUUUCAUGAUACCUCAUGGCGUUGCAAGAAUCCAAGUAGCGUUUGUUUCGACGGAGUCCG